CGCUCUCUCUCUGGUUUUGGGGUGGAAAUUGUUAAUUUUAGUAUGAAAUGCCGGUCUCGUCUCGAUGCCAACGCACAGUCGCUGUUCGCAGUCGAAGCCGUUUUGUUGUGUCUCGCUCGAGUGGCAAUGUCAGUCAUCCAGCAAUAGAGCAGAACCAGAUUCCAGCACUCAAUCAUGACGGACAGAUAUGCCAAUGGAGUCACCACCAGCCUGGUUGAGCCCACAAACAGACGCUCCUCCUCCGGGAACACCAAUCCCAGCGAGGGGGAGGAGAAGAUUGUCCUGAAACGGAAGCUAACCCUCAUCAACGGAGUGGCCAUCAUAGUGGGCACCAUCAUCGGAUCGGGCAUCUUCAUCGCACCCACUGGAGUCUUUAUUUACACCGAAUCCGUGGGAAGUUCCCUUUUGAUUUGGUCGGCCUGUGGGAUUUUAUCGACGAUCGGAGCUCUUUGCUACGCCGAACUGGGAACGAGCAUCACCAGAUCUGGCGGGGAUUAUGCCUAUCUGCUGGUGUCCUUCGGACCGCUGGUGGGAUUCCUGCGGCUCUGGAUAGCACUGCUCAUCAUCCGACCGACCACACAGACCAUAGUGGCAUUAACUUUUGCCCAUUAUGCGGCCAAGCCAUUCUUCCCGGACUGCGAUCCACCGCAGAAUGCAGUGAAGCUACUGGCGGCCAUUUGUCUAACUCUGCUCACCGCCAUUAACUGCCUGUCCGUCAAGGUGUCGAUGAAGGUGCAGGACGUAUUCACGGUGGGCAAGCUGCUGGCCCUCAUCAUGAUUAUUCUGGCCGGACUGUACUACAUGGCCACGGGCAGGCUGGAGAACUUCAGCAAUCCCUGGGAGGGCACCUACACUGCCCGCAACAUUGGCUACGCCUUCUACUCCGGUCUGUUUGCCUUUGGUGGAUGGAAUUACUUGAACUUUGUCACGGAGGAGCUGCAGGAUCCGUACAAAAACCUUCCGCGUGCCAUUUGGAUAGCCAUGCCCCUGGUCACGGGCAUCUAUGUUCUGGUUAACUUGGCCUAUUUCGCAGUGGUCAACAAACCGGAGAUGCUCAGUUCCUUGGCCGUGGCGGUGACCUUUGGAAACCGAGUGUUCGGACCUCUGGCUUUUAUGGUGCCCAUUUUCGUGGCCUUGAGCACCUUUGGAGGCGUGAACGGGGUGCUCUUCACCUCGGCGCGACUGUUCGCCACUGGUGCUCAGGAGGGGCAUUUGCCAAAGUUUUUCCAGCUGUUCCACGUCAAGCAACAGACUCCCAUUCCCGCCCUGAUUUUCACAUGUCUGAUGUCGCUGCUAAUGCUGCUCACGGAUAAUGUCUACCAGUUGAUCAACUACUUCAGUUCGGUACUAUGGCUUUCAGUGGUGGCCAGCAUAGCCGGAAUGUUGUGGCUCCGGCAUAAGAGGCCCGACUUGCCACGACCCAUUAAAGUCCAUCUCGCGCUGCCCAUUAUCUUUAUGGUGGGCUGCGUCACGUUGGUACUGCUCCCGAAUCUGGAGGAGCCCGGAAAUCUCCUGAUUGGCGUCGCCAUCACCCUGGCCGGCAUUCCAUUCUACUACGCCUUCAUCGCCUGGAAAAAGAAGCCCAAGUGCUACGGACGAUUGUCCAACUCGGUUGUGGAGAUUUGCCGGGCCGUCUUUAAUACCACCAUAAUCGAGUCGAAUGAGGCGAUAAACUAGAUCUGUUUACCCCACCGUAGAACUUCGUGCAUUUAGUUCGAAAUCACUCGUAAUUGAUAUUUGAAAACUCUAUAAUCUUGUUAAAUUUUAAACAGUUUUAAGCAAGCCCUGCCCCAUUUGUAUGAUAUUUUAGCUAGGAAAUUGGCAUUCCCCUCAACGAAAUCGGCACACAUUAGAAUUUAGUUUGUAACGUAUGUAUGUAUGUAUUUAUUUGAGCAAGCUCCUCAGUUAACAGGUUUUACACAUACCAAGGCCUGUUUGGCUCACUUCCCACUAAAGUUUACUUUAAAAUUUAUGGUUAGGUGCUACAAUCCUAAUUCCUUUUUAACAUAAUCAGGAAGUCGUUGAAGCGCUUUUAUGGGAACAAACUUUAAAAUGUGACAUGUUUAGGGAAGCUACACAGCAGUACAAUAAGCAUCGUUUGGAUGUUUAACUUAACCGCUUAGCAAAUAAAUGUAUUACUGCAAAUUCAAAA